AUGGAUUUGGAGAGUGUGUUGGCCAAAGAAGUCUUUCCAAUAACAGAGAAGAACAAGAAAGCUUUCUUGCGAGCAAACAGCACUUUACUGAAACAGCUUCCGAAAACUGUGAAGGCGUUAGUUGAAAAGAAGACCCUCCGAGUCGCAAACGUGAUAAAAACACUCGAACUCCUCCCGCCGACAGCAAGGAUGUUGAAAACGUUGCACGCGUUGAUUUCAAUAGAAAAGAGCGCGACGGACGAAUUGAAAGUGUUGAAAGAACUUGAAGCGGUGUUGUCGGUAUCUUCUCCGAUUGAAGUGAAAGCACUCAAAUGUGAUCCCCUUCUCUUCUACGACUAUUUGUUGAUCAACGCGCAAAAGAUUGGUAAAAAUUCGCAAAUCUACGCGCUUCUAUGUUUCCACUAUUUGGUGGUCAAUCACGAGUUGAAUGUACCAAAUUUCUUGGAACUGUUAUACUGCGCUUUGACUCCGAAAUUACUGACAAACUCAAUGAUCCCAAAAUUCUUCGAUCGACUUACAAAGUAUUUAGUCAGCUCGUAUAUACCUUCAUACGCAUCUGCAGCAUUUGUAAAAAAAGUAAUGCGACUGACUUUAGAAGCACCAACAGGUGCUAUCAUCUUCUUACUCACCUUUGCUCUGAAAAUGUUCUUUGCUCUGCCAAAGAUCAGGUUUUUGUUAAAUCGCCCGACAGUCGAAUUGUAUAAAUUGCCCGACAACGACCCAUUUGAGACCGAAGAAUUCACAGAGAGCUCCCCACUCAAAAUUGAUUUGAGAGAAACAAAGGUCGAACAGUCGUUCUUGUGGGAACACAUGCUCUUGAUGAAACACCCACACCCUAAAGUCGCGUUGUUGGCUCAAUCAUUCCCUAACGACUCGUACGAACAAAUUAAAGCACCACCAGAGUUUAACAUGGAAAACAUCGACCCAAAGGUGUCGCCUGUUACAACACUUAUCAGUACGGCGGUCAAUCCAUUUUUGAUCACUGAUAAUAAACAGGGAGUCAACGAACCCUCGAAGGAGGACUGCGCCAAAGUUGGAAUUGAGUUUAAAGAGUCUAUCUUUGAUGCCACUUUUGAUUGA